AUGGCUGCUACGCACCAGACGACCACUGCGCUGCUCACCGAACACUUCCGCUACACGCCACUCACUCUCCUGGAUGACAUUAUCAACACGGUCAACGAGCUGGUCUUUCGCGCCGUCAAUGCUAUCGAGGAAGGCUUUGGAGGUACGACGGCGGAGCAAUUGGGCUUUCAACUGGAUCGGGACACUGCAGCAUCGCUGCCGAACAGUGACGCCAGGCGAGACGCCCUUGCAGAGCUCAAGCAGAACGAAGUUGACAACGGCAUUGUGAAGCUGGAGAGCUUGCUCAAUGCCACGGUGGACAAGGACUUUGACAAGUUCGAGAUCUAUACACUGAGAAACAUCCUGGCAGUGGGACACCGAGAGGACGAUCUCGCGAACUGGGUCCGGCUUGACCACUACAAAGGCAUUGAUGUUGUUGCUGCAGAGGAUGUGCCAAGCCCGGAAGCUGUUGAGCUGCAGAGGAAAAGGCUACAUGAAACGGCCAAGCUAAACAUUAUGCUAAAAGCAGAAGAGGCCAAGAAUGCUGUGAUCCUACAGCAGUUGAGUGCGCUCAUUGGGACUGAGCCAAAGCAGGAUGCGGACGCGACUGACGCCCCCUUUGCGUUUCUCAAGGCGGCGGCUGGUCAGAGCAAGCACCUGGAGCAAGACACACAGAAUGCCCUCAGCCAGAUACCAGCGGUACAGCAACUUUUGGCUCAGUUGAAGGAAGCAAUGCAGACUAUCCCCGCGGUCAAGAAUGGCAGAUACGAUGAUGAGGACAGCGCGGAAGGCAGGCGUCGCCGGUAUCUCGAGAACCAGAGUCGCAGGGCCCUUGAGCGUAAAGGUAUCGACCUUGACUCCUCCGCCGGCACCUCUUUGGCAGCAGGAAGGAAGAUUGGCCGCGACGAAAUUGAGGGCAUUGAGUCUGUCGUGCAAGCACUUGGGGGCGCUGAAGCCACCUCUAGGACAGCUAAAGAGUAGGCUUGUCGCAGCACGACCGAUGUUAAAGUGCCGCUUGAUCUAUGCACUGUGGUAUGGUGGCCUGUCUGGCCAUUAAAUUGCUGCCAUGCGCAUAUGGUUCGAGUGCUCAGCGUGUCACGUUCGCCAUUCGGUCCCGAAUCCCAUCUCGUCAGGCCGGAGUUGGCAAAGUAUCGCGCCAACAUGACUUCAGAACUAUCCCAGUCCUGAGCAUAGUAUUACUGCUGCUGCAGGACAUCGAGAUACUACACCUGUGGACAUAGGUGAUUCUGUGCUUUCAAUCUUGUACGGGUACAAGUGCGUCUAUGCCUUACUCGUGGCCGCAAAGGAGGCACUCGGGGGCAACAUGACAAUAAAACGUACAAGUCAGCAUCAUGGCCACCACUGAAGAGGUUACACGGAGUCCGUCGAUUGUGGCACUGAAUUAUACGAGGCUUUCGAGAUGCAAGGACCAGGGUCCAUGGGUGCCCUCUACUCCAGACCGUAUGAGAGAACGAAACGCAUAAUGGCAUUCGGUUGGCCUUACUAGAGAGGUACGCCCGGCGAUCAAUGCACAUCUUGGCAUCGAGGAGGGAGCAGAAUGGGCGAUCUAUUCUUUUCCGAAUUGGGGUGACUGAGACAGCACACGUUCUGGUGCUGAUAAUACCUCCUAUGCCUACUAAGUACGCAAUCUCACACAGCACCAUUCUGCAGAGUCAUACAAGC